CGAUAUGUGUUGGGUAGAACACAGAACUCGACCGCUUGUUCAGGGAUAGGUAUAAAUAGCAACUAUUUUAAUCGAAUAAUCAUCAAAUUUAGAUCUAGCGUUCAAGUGAACAGUUCCAACUCCACCUUUCAAAGACCAACCAUGAAGUGCAUCAUCGCUGCAGUCAUCUUGGCCAUGGCCGUUGUAUCGGAAGCCGGAGUGAUCCCGUGGGGAUGGCCACAUGCAGCCGGGCUUCCAGCUGCCAUUCCCGUUGCUGCUUGGCCAGCCGCCGGAUGGCCACAUGCUGGUGCAUGGCCAGCUGCUGCUCACUGGGCAGGUGCUGCUCCAUGGGCAGCUGCUGCUCCGUGGGCUGGUGCUGCUCACUGGCCAGCACUGGCUGCUCCCCAUGCCCCAGUAGCUUCGGUUGCCCACCAUGCUGGAGUCGUUCCGGGAGCUACCUCCGUCACUGCCAACCGUGGAUCUGUCCACGUUGCCCCACUGCCAGGACAUGCUGUGUCGCAGCAGCAGCUCAAUUUGGCCCCAGCCCCGGGAACCAUCUAGGUUGAUCUAGUCAAGUGCGAGCAGAUUACAAUUGGCCACCGAACUGAGCGAUGCGAUGAGAUUCUCCGAGGACGACUUGUGCAAUCAGCGGAACUCUAGGAAAAACAAGUGAUAUACUCAUUAGUUGAUAAGGAAGAGUGAACGUGAAGUUUAUACGAGAUUUGUAUUUACACCGAGCAAGGUUGGAAUAAAAAUGGAACUCAUUUUUAUGACAAUUUAAA